AUGUUGGGUCCUUUAAUAUUUUUGGUCGCGGAGAGGCUGUCAUUAGUGGAUGCGAGAAGUGAUUGGACGUAUCCCUGGAAAUACGAUUCAAUGUUUUUUGAAGGCCAAGACUACUGGGGAGUGCACUCAGAAUGGGCAAUGUGUAGCCGAGGAAAAUUACAAUCGCCAAUCGACAUCAAUCCAUCACUUCUUCUACACGAUCCCUCGCUUAAGCCUAUAAACAUCGAUCGGAUAUCGGUGCACUCUGAAAUGGUGAAUACGGGUCAAAUGCCUCGGGUUCGAAUCGGGAACAGUGCCCGCCGCCCUACCGCUAAUCUUACUGGUGGCCCACUCAAUACGUACAGAUACCGAAUACAAAGAAUAGACAUUCACUUUGGUGUCACUGGACAAUCGAAUGGCAGUGAGCAUGCCAUUGAUGGGAGGAAAUUUCCGAUGGAGCUACAAUUGCUUGCAUUCAACGCCGAUCUUUAUGCGAAUUUUUCUCAAGCUUCUCGAUCAACGCAUGGAAUUGCCGCCAUUGCAGUUCUUGUUGAAUUUGGACCCGAAACAAAUGCGGAAUUGCUCAGGCUAACAGUGGCUGCAUUGAGUGUGCAAUUUAAAAAUCAACGGGUUGAUUUGGUUGACUUAUCACCGUGGAAAUUGUUGCCAAGGACUAGAGAUUAUGUGACAUAUGAGGGAAGUAUCACCGCUCCCCCAUGCGAUGAAACUGUUCAGUGGAUCGUUCUCAAUCAGCCCAUUCACAUCACUCACAACGAUUAUGCGGAAUGGUCAAGGUUAUCGCAAAAUUCGCCGAAAGAGGACGCAAUGCCGAUUGCGCCGAAUUUUCGAUCGCUCGUCGCUCCAAAUCAUCGCACUGUGCGCACAAAUAUUGCUCAUAUUUCUGAGGAGGACAAGUUCACUUGUGAUACUUCGCGAAUCACUUAUAAAGUCUUCACAACGCACAAUCAAAAAUUGACC